CCCCGGCCAUGUGGAUCGGCGGUUUAACAUCAAGGCGCCGCCGGACGCUUGCAGCAGAAUGGAUGAGAGCGGCUCCGAGAACCUGACCUCCCCGAGUCCCGGAUCGGCGGACGAGCUAAUCAUUUCUUCCACGUUCGGGACGUUACUUUCUUUCAUGUACGUGGUUGGGGUGUCCGGAAACGUGUACACUUUAACCGUUAUGUGCCACUCGAUGCGGUUCGCUGCCUCCAUGUACAUUUCAAUUAUCAACCUGGCGCUGGCCGACCUCCUCUACCUGUCCACGAUCCCCUUCAUAGUAUGUACCUACUUCUUAAAAGACUGGUACUUUGGAGACAUUGGAUGCAAGAUCUUAUUCAGCUUAGAUCUUUUUACCAUGCAUGCCAGUAUUUUCACCCUGACGGUGAUGUGCACUGAACGCUACCUGGCCGUCACCAAGCCCCUGGACACAGUGCAAAGGUCCAAGGGCUACAGAAAGGCCACGGCAGGAGCCGUGUGGCUACUAUCUUUGCUGCUUACCUUACCCAUGAUGAUAAUGGUCAAUCUGCAGGAGACGCGGGGUGGAAGCGGCGUGAAAAGGAUGUGCGCGCCCACCUGGGGACCCGAGGCGUACAAGAUAUACCUGACAGUCCUGUUUAGCACCAGCAUUAUCUCACCUGGCUUCAUUAUAGGCUACCUGUAUACCAAACUGGCCCGCACGUAUCUGGAGUCCCAAAGAAACGCUCUCUCCAAGAAAGGGAGCCGGCGCUCUCCGAAGCAGAAAGUCCUGCUCAUGAUCUUCACCAUCGUGCUGGUGUUCUGGGCGUGCUUUCUACCUUUCUGGAUCUGGCAGCUGCUGCGACUUUACAGCAGAUCGCUUCAGCUGGCGUCUCACACUCAGACGUGCAUUAACUAUUUGGUCACCUGCCUCACCUACAGCAACAGCUGCAUCAACCCCUUCCUCUACACCCUCCUGACCAAAAACUACCGCGAGUACCUGAAGAACCGCCACCGCAGCUUCUACAAGUACACGUCCUCGUUCAAGAGACGCACGCCGAGCCUUCAGUCGUCCUUCGGCAAGUCCUCCAGCAAUCAGUACGAGUUCCCGUCCGAGCUCCUGGUCAUGGGCCAGCUAAAGGCGCAGGGCUGAGUGGCCACGGAGCCCGACAUCAACCGAUGUUCCAGAAAAGGACAGCAUGGCUGCCUAUGUGAGCGUGGGGUCAGAGAUGGCGUGUGUGGGGUCACAGGUGAAGGACA